AUAAACGCGAAAAACCGGAAAAAAAAAACAAAAAAACAUUUCCUUUCUAUUGUCAUUUUUCUCUCACAAGCUUUUUCCUUCCUUUACUUCCUCCAAUGGAAGCCACUCUCUUCAGCUUCCCUUCCUCUUCCAGACCUUCACCACUUUCCCAAACCCUAACACUGUCCAGACCCACCAACCCAUUACUCUCCUUUACCCCAAACCCCACCCGGAUAAACCCACAACCACGUCGCUUUCCUUCAAUUCGAUCCGCCAUUUCCCGUACAAAGAAGGAACAGACAGUCGAGACAGUAAAAAAGAACCUCGAAAACUGUUACCUUAUAGCCGGUAUCAAAUACAAGGGCUUCACCGUGAAGCAGUUCCAGGACCUUCGGAGAAGUUUGCCGGAAAACACCAAGCUUAUUGUGGCGAAGAACACUUUGGUUUACAAAGCCAUAGAGGGUACCCAAUGGGAGGUCCUGAAGCCUUGCAUGACUGGUAUGAACGCUUGGCUUUUCGUUCACAGUGAGGAAAUCCCAGCUGCCAUUAAGCCGUACAGGCAAUUUCAGAAGGAGAGGAAACUGGAUGAGAAUGAUUUCACUGGUGCUGUUUUUGAGGGGAAGUUUUAUGGGCCUGGGGAUUUCAAGCAGUUGGAAUCGAUGCCAACGAGGGCUGAGAUUUAUGCCAAAUUGUUGGGGCAGCUUCAGACUCCGGCAUUGAACCUGGUUGGGACGCUUCAAGCACCUGCGAGGGACUUGGUCAUGCUUUUGAGGGCUUAUGUCAACAAGUUGGAAGAAGAGGGUGGUGGUGGUGGUGGGCAAUAGCUGAGCUGUUGAGGGAUUUUCUUGAAGCUACCGUUCAGGUGCUGCUGGGAGUAGAAAAUGGAGUGACAUGCUUGCUGUGUGGGAAAGCAUGCUUUAAUCAUUUUUGUCAGUCAGAAUUAGAAGUUGGCGUUGUCCAUGGUGUGAAUGGAACCCCUUCAGAAGUAGAAAAUAUCAGUGAAAGAACAACUCCAUUGUUUAUACUUAUUUUACUUUUAGUGAUUGCUGCGAGAAUGGAGGAUAUCAGUCAUUAUUUAAACAGUGUAUGAAGUAUUUGUAGCAUAAUAUGCAUUACCCCCAUUUUCAAGAAUUGGCUGGUAUAAGGGAACCUUAUAUGUGGUUGGUAAUGGGGGCCUAGUAAGUCUGCCAUUUUUUAUGUGAACUAGAACAACUGUUAUAUAAUUUUCAAUUACAAGUUCAAGA